UUCAGUAGUGCCAGUGAUUAGUACUGAAAGAACCUUCUUUUUCCUUCAAAUCUCGUUACUACUUCACUCAGUAAUCUCCUCAAUCAUGUUAGCUAUAUACAUAUUCUCUUCUCUGCUCCUUCACCUGUAACAACCAUAUUAAACCAAUACUUCUCCUUUCUGUUUCCCAAAUUCAUCCACCAAGGCCAAAUCAUGGCUUUUCGAUUUUUCUGCUUCUCUUCUUUCAUAUUAUGUCUUUCAUUCCUUAAUUCUCUCCAAGCCACAAGCAAUAAGCAGUCUCAAUAUUUUACCCUCAUGAAAAAAUCUCUUUCAGGUCACGCCUUGUCUUAUUGGAGUGGCAAUGGAGGGAACUCAUAUUGUAACUACACUGGAAUCACCUGUAAUAUUCAAGGCCAAGUCACGAAACUCAAUAUUUCAGGCUGGUUAGUUAAAGGCUCACUUCCACCUUAUGUGUGUUCUUACCUACCUGAGCUGCGAGUGCUGGAUACUAGCAACAACACAUUUCCAGGCCCUGUUCCAGAUGGCAUCAUCAAUUGCUCUCUCUUGGAAGUGCUGAACAUGAGUUCCUCAUAUCUCAGUGGCAAACUGCCGAAUUUUUCCUCUAUGAAGUCUCUUCGCGCUCUGGACUUGUCAUACAAUUUGUUCGAUGGAGAUUUCCCUAUGUCCAUCAUGAACCUCACCAAUCUUGAAGUCAUAAACUUUAACGAAAAUACCAACCUGAACUACUGGGAACUUCCAGAGAACAUCACACGAUUGACAAGGGUUAGGACCCUGGUACUAUCCUCAACAAAGGUUCAGGGUCGAAUCUUACCAUCCAUAGGAAACAUGUCAUCUCUUGUUGAUCUUGAACUCAGUGGGAACUACCUACAUGGUCAUAUUCCACCUGAGCUAGGAAAGCUGAAGAACCUGAGGUCCCUCAUGCUUUACUAUAAUUUGCUCACAGGUAACAUACCAGAAGAGUUGGGUAAUCUAAAAGAGCUGAUAGAUCUGGAUAUGUCAGUGAACAAAUUGACAGGAAGAAUACCAGAUUCUAUAUGCCGUCUUCCCAAGCUCCGGGGCUUACAGUUUUACAACAACAGCCUCACAGGAGAAAUUCCAUCUGCCUUGGGAGACUCAGAUUCUUUGAGUUACUUAUCCAUCUAUGACAACUAUCUGACAGGUGUGGUACCAAAAAAUCUAGGGAAGUCGUCAACAAUGUUGCUGUUGGACUUGUCAGAGAAUCAACUAACUGGAAAAUUGCCACCAGAAAUCUGCAGGGGAGGUAAACUCCUGUACUUUCUUGUACUGUCUAAUAAGUUUACCGGAGAGAUACCUGAUAAUUAUGCAAAAUGCACAUCACUUGUACGUUUUCGUGUUAGCAACAACCAGUUAAUGGGCUCUGUACCACAAGGACUUUUUGGUCUUCCCCAUGUUUCCGUUAUCGAUUUGGCUUUUAAUCAAUUGACGGGUCCUAUAUCCCCGUUUAUUGGAAAUGCUAAGAACCUAUCAGAAUUCUUUGCUCAGAGUAACAAAAUCUCAGGGGCUCUGCCUCCUGAGAUAGCUGGAGCAGUCAGUUUAGUAAAACUUGAUCUAAGCAACAAUUUUUUAUCUGGCCCUAUACCUACUGAAAUUGGUAACCUCAAGAAGCUAAAUCUUUUAUUGUUACGAAGCAACAAGCUCACUUCUUCCAUCCCAGAUUCACUAGCUGAACUAAAAUCUCUAAAUCUCCUUGAUCUGUCAUGCAACCAAUUGACAGGGAAUCUCCCUCAGAGUCUAUCACAAUUAAUUCCCAACUCUGUUGACUUCUCAAACAAUCAUCUUUAUGGUCCAAUUCCUCUCUCACUUAUUAAAGAUGGCCUGGAAGAAAGUUUCAUAGGAAAUCCAGGGCUCUGUGUGACAGCAUACACAAAUUCAUCAGAUAGAAGAUUCCCACUUUGUCCACAGGAUUACAAGCAGAAGAGGAUGAACCUAAUGUGGGUAAUAGUGGCCUCAGUGAUUCUCCUCUUAGUUGGAGCUGUAUUGUUCCUUAAACGAUGGUUAAGCAAAGGAAGAUCGUUGAUAGGACAUGACGAGACCAUGUCAUCAUCUUUCUGCUCCUAUGAUCUUAAAAGCUUCCAUCGAAUAAGCUUUAAUCAACGUGAGAUCUUAGAAGCCAUGGUUGACAAGAACAUACUUGGUCAUGGAGGAUCAGGAACUGUGUAUAGAAUUGGGCUAAGCAGUGGGGAUAUUGUUGCAGUGAAGAAGCUAUGGAGUCCGAACACAAAGGACAACAUCUCAAAGGACCAACUCUUCCCAGACAAGGAACUCGAGACAGAAGUUCAGACUCUAGGAAACAUAAGGCACAAAAACAUCGUGAAGCUGUACUGCUAUUUGUCAAGUUUUGAUUGUAGCUUGCUGGUUUAUGAGUAUAUGCCAAAUGGAAACCUCUGGGAUGCCCUACACAAAGGAAAGAUCCUGUCGGAUUGGCCAACCCGUCACCAAAUUGCCUUAGGAGUUGCACAGGGUUUAGCUUACCUGCAUCAUGAUCUGCUCCCCCCGAUUGUACACAGAGACAUCAAGUCCUCCAAUAUCCUCCUUGAUGUUGAUUUCCAGCCCAAGGUAGCGGACUUUGGUGUGGCCAAGGUCCUGCAAUCCAAGGUUGGCAAAGAUUCAAGUCAUACUCUCAUUGCAGGCACUUAUGGCUACAUGGAUCCUGAUUAUGCUAAUACAUCCAAGGCAACAACAAAGUGCGAUGUCUACAGCUUCGGGGUAGUGUUGAUGGAACUUGUUACAGGGAAAAAGCCAGUGGAGGCAGAGUUUGGUGAGAACAAGAACAUCAUAAACUGGAUUUCUACCAAGGUAAAGACCAAGGAAGGAGCUAUGGAAGUCUUGGACAAUCAAAUUUCAGGUUUGUUCAGGGAUGAUAUGAUCAAAGUGAUCCGCAUAGCCAUUCGUUGUACAGCUAGGGCCCCGGUCCCAAGACCAACUAUGAAUGAAAUUGUGCAGUUGCUAAGCGAGAUUGACCCAUGCAGAUUCGAUUCUUGCAAGUCGACAAAAAAGACCAAAGACACAUUAGAUCCCACAACGCUAGAUAAAACAUUUCAACUAUGACCAUACAGUAAUUAAAAGAAGUCUAAGGUGAAGCACUAGAGCAUCUGUACAAAAAAGCAUCGUCUCUCCAAGAGCAUUCAGAGACCCUUCAUGAGGAACAAUUAGACCUCAUUUAUUUCUUUUAUGUAAAAGUAGUAGGUAGAUUCUAUCUUUUCCUUUUUCCACCUUUCAUCCAAAGAACUCUUGUAAGAUAUGGGGAAUGUAAUCAUAUAACUACUUUAUAGCAAAGCAAGCAUCUGCAUUGCACAAACCUUAAAGGAAAAUAUUUCUUUAGCUUUUA